GUACCAGCUUUCCCUCGCGGCACCUGUUGCGGAGUCUCUGGCCGGUCGCCGUGACGUCCUGCCAGGGUGAUAUGAGGUGCAAUUUCCCUAAAGAGUUCCUAGAAAUCAAGACAAGACAAGAAGAACGAGCCAGCUGUAUGCAUAGGUGUCAGGAUGUUGAGCUGGGUCCAGAGGGUGCUGCCUCAGCCCCCAGGGACACCUCAGAAGACCAAGACGGAGGCGGAGGGGGCAGAACCAGAGCCACAGGUGGAGCCGGAACCAGAGCCGGAGCCUGAAAAUGCCCCCGAGGAGGCUGAGCGAGGGGACGAAUCCCCGCCAGCUGAAGAGCCGUUGGAGGGGGAGGAAUUGGCUGCAGCUGACCCAGACCCUCAGGAAAUCCGGGAGGCUGUCCCUACUCUGCCUACAUCCGUCCAGGUCCAGGUCGCCAUGGUUCCCGAAGUGAACAGCAGUUCCAGCGGGUGGGUGCUGAGCUGGCUCAAGAAGGGCAUGGAGAAGGUCAUCCCACAGCCCGUCCCCAGCAGCGGGCCAGCGCCGAGCAUUGCUGCUGGCUCGGAGGCCCCUGCUCAGGCAGGAGCACAGACGUCUGGGCAAUGCAGCACUGGGGGCUCAGACGGACUCGGGGAGGCCCCUGGGGCCCAGGACACUGGGUCUGGGCCCUGGCUGCUCAGGUGGCUUGAGCAGAAUCUGGAGAAAGUGCUGCCUCAGCCCCCCAAAACCUCCAAGGACCAGAGAGAUGAGCCUACAGAUGCUGCCUUGGGCCCAGAGCCCCCAGAACCCACCUUGGAAACGGAGAGUGUGCUGCAGGCCCCGGAGAGCCCCUGCAUCCCCAUGGCUGGCCCCCUGGAAACCGAGGAGGAGCUGACCUCAGAACCCCAGCCCAGCUCCCAGGCUUCCGCCCUGCUGCCCCCCGGUGACCCCGCCAGGUUGAUGGCUUGGCUCCUGCACAGGCUGGAGAUGGCCUUGCCGCAGCCCGUGCUCCACGGGAAGGCUGGGGAGCAGGAGCCUGACUCCCCUGGAACGUGUGACGUGCAGACGAUCUGCAUCCUCCCCGGAGGCCGAGAGGAGCCUGAUCUCGUCCUAGAAGAGGUUGACCCUCACUGGGAGGAGGACGAGCAUCAGGAUGGUGGCACCAGCCCGCAGGGCUCAGAGGAGCCUCCAGCUUAUGAAGAGGAGAAUGAAACUGUGGAAAAGAUGCCCAGGGAACUGCCCCGGAUUCAAGAGGAGAGAGAAGCUGAGGAGGAGGAUGGAGAGAAGGAGGAGGAAGAAGAGGAGGAGCCAAAUGUCCUGCUGGAUAGCUGUCUGGUGGAACAGGCUGGCAAGGACUCGAGCGGAGUAGACAGGACCCAGCCCCAGAGGGCCUCAGACCAGGAGCUGCAGGAGGAGGCCGUGACUGCCAGCCCCGAAGUGCCUGCUACAAAAGAGCAUCCGGAAGUGCAGGUGGAAGAUGCUGAUGCGGACAGCCACCCCCUCAUCGUGGAGAAUCCACCCUCACCUGAGCCGCCACCACCUUCUCCUGCCAAAUCCGACACCCUCUCGGUCCCGGGAUCUGCCGCAGGGACUGAAAGGAAGAGCCUGCCCUCCCGAGAUGAUGAGGCUGAAGAGCUCAAGGCACUGUCACCAGCUGAGUCCCCCGUGGUUGCCUGGUUGGACCAGUCCAGCCCACAGGGCACUGAUGGCCAGGACCGCGCAGUGUCUGCGGCCAGCCAGAACAGCAUCUUCAUCAACUACCGGCUCCAGGAGUUGGUGAAGCUUUUCAAGGAGCGCACAGAGAAGGUGAAGGAGAAGCUCAUCGACCCUGACGUCACCUCUGAUGAAGAGAGCCCUAAGCCCUCCCCGGCCAAGAAAGCCCCCGAGCCGGCCCCGGCAGUGAAGCCGGCCGGGCCGGGGCAGGAGGAGGAGGGCGAGGACCACUAUUGUGACAUGCUCUGCUGCAAGUUCAAGCGCCGCCCGUGGAAGAUGUACCGGUUUCCCCAGAGCAUCGACCCGCUGACCAACCUGAUGUACGUCCUGUGGCUGUUCUUCGUGGUGCUGGCCUGGAACUGGAACUGCUGGCUGAUUCCCGUGCGCUGGGCCUUCCCCUACCAGACGCCAGACAACAUCCUCCUCUGGCUGCUGAUGGACUACCUGUGUGACCUCAUCUACCUCCUGGACAUCACCGUGUUCCAGCUGCGCCUGCAGUUUGUCAGAGGCGGAGACAUCGUUACGGACAAGAAGGAGAUGCGCAAUAACUACCUGAAAUCUCAUCGCUUUAAGAUGGACAUGCUCUGCCUCCUGCCCUUGGACUUGCUCUACCUGAAGUUCGGUGUGAAUCCCCUCUUGCGCUUACCCCGCUGUUUGAAGUACCUGGCCUUCUUCGAGUUUAACAGCCGCCUGGAAUCCAUCCUCAGCAAAGCCUAUAUUUACAGGGUGAUCAGGACCACGGCUUACCUGCUCUACAGCCUACAUGUGAACUCAUGUCUGUAUUACUGGGCGUCAGCCUAUCAGGGCAUCGGCUCCACUCACUGGGUUUACGAUGGCAUGGGAAACAGUUACAUUCGCUGUUACUACUGGGCUGUGAAGACCCUCAUCACCAUUGGUGGGCUGCCUGACCCCAGAACGCUCUUUGAAAUCGUCUUCCAGGGGCUGAACUAUUUCACGGGUGUCUUUGCUUUCUCUGUGAUGAUCGGACAGAUGAGAGACGUGGUGGGGGCCGCCACAGCUGGGCAGGCCUACUACCGCAGCUGCAUGGACAACACCGUGAAGUACAUGAACUUCUACAAGAUCCCCAGUUCCGUGCAGAACCGGGUCAAGACCUGGUACGAGUACACCUGGCAGUCCCAAGGCAUGCUGGAUGAGUCAGAACUGAUGGUGCAGCUUCCAGACAAGAUGCGUUUGGACCUUGCCAUCGAUGUCAACUAUAACAUCGUCAGCAAAGUGGCUCUCUUCCAGGGCUGUGACCGACAGUUGAUCUUUGACAUGCUGAAGAGGCUCCGUUCUGUCGUCUACCUGCCCAACGACUACGUGUGCAAGAAGGGGGAGAUAGGCCGAGAAAUGUACAUCAUCCAGGCAGGACAGGUGCAGGUCUUGGGUGGCCCCGACGGGAAGGCUGUGCUGGUGACACUGAAGCCUGGAUCCGUGUUUGGAGAAAUAAGCUUGCUGGCCGUUGGGGGCGGGAAUCGGCGCACGGCCAAUGUGGUCGCCCACGGGUUUACCAACCUCUUCAUUCUGGACAAGAAGGACCUCAAUGAAAUUUUGGUGCAUUAUCCCGAGUCUCAGAAGUUACUCCGGAAGAAGGCCAGGUGCAUGCUGAGAAAUAACAACAAGCCCAGGGAGCCAAAGAGCGUGCUCAUCCUGCCUCCCCGGGCAGGCACGCCCAAGCUCUUCAAUGCCGCCCUGGCCGCAGCAGGAAAGAUGGGCAGCAAGGGGGCCAUAGCUGGCAAGCUUGCCCACCUGAGGGCCCGGCUCAAGGAGCUCGCUGAGCUGGAGUCAGCUUCGAGGCAGCAACAAUUGCUGGAACAGGCCAAGAGCUCGCAAGACGCUGCGGGAGAGGCUGGCCCGGCCGCCCCGGAGCAGCCCGCAACGCCGGAGCCUGCGACCCCGUGCUCUCCGCCACCUGCGACCCGGUGCUCUCCGCCACCUGCGACCCGGUGCUCUCCGCCACCUGCGACCCCGUGCUCUACGCCACCUGCGACCCCGUGCUCUACGCCACCUGCGACCCGGUGCUCUCCGCCACCUGCCUCCCCUGGGAAGCCGGAGGAAGGCGGGGAGGGGGAGGCCAGGCCCAAGGAGCCCUCAGUGCGGAUCCGCAUGAGCCCGGGCCCGGAUCCCAGUGAGCAGAUCCUGUCGGUGGAGAUCCCGGCGGAGAAGGAGGCCGAGUGAGUCGGCCCCCAGCGCGCCACUCCCCGGCGGGGCGGGUGCAGGCGCGUCCUCCCCGCGCCCCAGGCCGGUGCCCAGCCCCGCGCCCAGCUUGCGCAGGCCCAGACUCCCCGGGCACAGAGAGUCCGUCAUUCCUGCCCGGGCAUCGGCUUCUGCCAGGGCUGGUCUUUAAGUCAACAAAUGUAGUGUUCGUGUCCCUAAUUUCCCACCGUCACCUGAGAACCCUACCUCUCCCAACUAUGAUUUUUAAGAACAAAAUUCUUUUCUGUUUUAAAAGUUUGUAGGCAGAGCAGAGAACGAGGCUCCAACACCUGGGAAGCUCUGUUGGCGGCUAAAGGGUUAUUACUGAAUGUUUGAAUUUCAUCUCCCACAUUUCAAGGAUAGAAAACCUGCCAGCAGUUGGGGCACCUGGCUGGCUCAGUCCCAUGGGGAAUACGACUCUUGAUUUCAGGGUCCUGAGUGCAAGCCCCACGUUCGGUGUAGAGGUUACUUUUUUAAAAAAAAAAAAAAAACCUUGAGAGCAGAAAGUACAGUUGUGCUGUUCAUUUAACUAAAUGACUAAAUUACAUUUGACUAAAUUGACUAAAUUACAGCUCACCUGACCUGAUGAUCCAUGCUGGGCAGUCGCUUUAGGGAUCUUGUGCUGGUUAGGGUGGUUAGCACGGAUCUUCCCCAGGCUGGAUUCAGUUCCCAGUCCGAUGCCAGUAUCUCAGAACAGAUAAAAUGGAAGUGGGCUUACUGGCCACGGUAACUGUGAGCGAUUCUGGGCACCCCUACCCGUUCCUCAGGUCUGGUCUGCAGGGGUUCAUGCUUGCUUGCUUUUGACACCCUUGCUAUAAAGAUGAUGGCAGCAACUUCCAUUACUCCUAGGAGACAGAAACCACAGCUGACACCACUGACAUUCCUGAAGUUUCUCCAGAUCAAGUCAUGUUGCUGUAAUGAUUCAAGAUAAAAGGGGGGUGGGGUGGGGAGGAGUCAUUCAGUCACUGAAUAUUGGGAGGAUUUUAUUUGCAUACCUAAUGGCUCUUGGGGCAGUGGGUGAUUAACAACAAAAACUAGUGUUGGGCUAUUUGUUUCCACCAGCAACAAUGAACACAAAAGGCCCGUAAUUCCAAUAGAUACUGCCCACUUUAUAUAAAAUCACAGGACCUUGCCGUGCUGCAACAGGGGCCUUUGAGGGCUUGCAAAUGUUGUGUAUUUGUCCAUCAGACUAAAAGCAGAACAUUCAUUUCCCCUGUGAAAAAAUGACGCAAUAUGAGAGUUGCCAGGCUGCUCUAAACAUUUCCAAAUCCCAGGGUAACAGAUUUAUCUAGUUGAUGACAUGCCACAUGAUCUGAGUAAUCACCACAUUGAAUAUAAUGAUGAGCGGCAUGAUUAUAGCCGUUUAAAAAGCUUUUAUUAAUUUACUUUAAUAGCUAAUAACAUAUUUUCAUGGGUACAAAAGGCUACCCAGGUAAAAUGAUCUCUCCUACCCCUGGUGCCCAACCUCCGUGGUCCACACUACAUCAGUUCCUUGUACCCUUCCUUUUUUCUUCUUCUUUUUUCUUCUUUACACAAAUGGUAACAUACUAGAGCUGCUGUUGUUUUUCAUUUGAUUUAGAAGAUCCUCCCUUCUUAGUACAUCAAGGGCGUGCUGAUUUUUCAUGCCUGCAAUCUGGUCCAUUGUAUGCAAGGACCAUAAUGUUGAAUUGCUCUCCAUGGACAGGCAUUUGCAAUGUUUCCAAUCUCAUGCUGUUAAAAAAAAAAAAUGCUGCAAUACACAAAAAUCUUAUACAUAAUUUCAUGCAGUAAGCACUGUUUUUAAAUAGGGGAAGUCUGGAAGUUUGGGCUAAUUUUUGUCUUCACCAUCCCCAUUUAGCAUACUCGUAUUUGCACUACGUAUUCUAAGAUCCAAGCAUAGAGAAUGCUUCCAUCUUUAGCCAAGGAUUUCAGAUAUAUCAAUAAAGCUCACGUAUUACCCUGCAGUAGAUGGCAAAAUAUUUCAAAGGCCCCUUUGCUGUGAGAGCCUAUUUUAUAAGGAAGCUUUUUUUUUUUCUAUAUGAACACACUCAUUCUUUUAGAUAUCAACCCUUGAAUAUAUACUGCUUAUUAUAUGAAGCGAGAGAUUCUUGAGGUUCCCAAGAAUUGUCCCGGAAAGAAAAUUGAUUUUGAAAUGAGAUUAGCGGUGUCUUAACUUCACUGUGAUAUUUCAUUAAACUUGAUGCUUUCAUGAAAGUUGGAUUGCAGAUAAAUUGAACUUGAGGCUAGCGUUAUUCUCCAAAUAGAAUUGGACUGGUUAGUCACCAAGGCACGGGUGGCGCAGCUCAGAACACUAUAAUUUUGCCGCUGAAAGAGAAUCUUUACUUAUGUGUUUGAAUCUGUACCAAUUUCAAAUGUCUCCACGUUUCCUGUACUGUGGUAGAAAAUGAAUAGCAAACUAUUUUUUUAACUAUAUAAAUAUUUUAAAUAAGAUUAAAACCAAGAAGCUGUGUAAAAUUUCAUUAUCAAAAUGUGUUUGGCUACCGGGAAUACUUUCAUCUGUCUUCUUAGCAAACAUGAACACUGUACUUAGAUGCUGGCUUUCAUCCUGUUACAAAUGCAUU